CCUGGCGUUGAGGAGACACACACUCUCGCUCCUCUUGCUAGUGAACUUGUGCCUUGUGUUUUUACUAGCACACUUAACUUAAAAACUCAAGAGAAAAAUACGGACUCUCGAGAUCAGAAAAGAAAAAUAUUGUGCUACGCGUGUGAGUGAAGGUGGAAAAUAAUACCCUCGUGUCUUGCGUGUGGAGCAAACUUGACCAAGAAACAACCUGGGAAUGCGGAGACUUAGUGAUACACCCGGAUGGUGGACAGUGGUGGUGGUGGUGGCGGCGGUGGUCGUGGGUAUCACGGCGCAGGACCAGGUCUUCCCUAAGUUGUUUGACACCGACGGCUUCCCCAACCUUCUCCACUACUCUAGAAACGACGUCUACCCGACCAACCAAGUCUACCCGACCAACCAAGUUUACCCGACCAACCAAGUCUACCCGACCAUCCAGGUCUACCCUACCAACCAAGUCUACCCAGCCAUUCCCAGUCUUCCCCCGUUCUCGAAGGCUCGGGUGCUUAACAUGACCCAGACGACGGACUUGCGAGAAUACAUCAUGAAAUAUGUGAAGGACCCAAGGAUCUGCUCCUCCAAGCUCCUACGAGAACUCAUCCUGGGCAAGGAGGAAACAGACGUAAGGGCCAAGAUCUGGUGGAGUAGACGGUGCCAGGGGCGCCGUGGGAGCCCAAUAAACACUUCUACAAAAUUGUCAGAAAGUACGUUGAUCAGAUACCGUCGCAAAAGUACAAAUCGUUCGAGUCCCAAGAACACUCUGGACCGUUCUGUAAAUGACAAACGUAUGAAGAAGCUGGAAUCACUUCUCAGGAACAAGAAGAUUCAGUGUAACGCCAAGAAGUCGGUAGUAAAGCUGCCCAACGAUGACUCGGACAUAACGUCCUUGAAGCCCUCCUGUGUGUAUAUCAAACAGUGUGGUGGCUGCUGUGACUCCCCGUUCCUUGAGUGCCGACCUACCAAGAUAAAGAAGAAGACUUUUUGGGUACUGGCCACCAGGAGGGACACAUCUGCCAUUUCAUCUGGUAACUUGUUGCAUAAAGUCACUGUAGAAGAACACAAGAAGUGCCAGUGUGAGUGUAAGGUGCGUGAGACAGACUGUACAGAGAAGCAGCGCUACCAUAGUGAUUCCUGCAGCUGCUAUUGUCCUACAGAGAGACGUACUUGCUCCAGUGGCAAGGUGUGGAAUGAGAAGACGUGUGAAUGCAUUUGUAAUAAUAAAGCAGAGUGUACCACAGGAAGGGUCUUCGACGAGAACACCUGCAGGUGUGCAGACCCCCGCGUAUAAAGACCUUAACAACUUCUAACCCUGAGUCAGAGACAGCGAGACAGUUCUCACAUACUCAUCAACAGCUGACACAAUAUUGCUUCAUUGUUUAGUCAGUGUUGCUUAACUCGGUCACAGGAGAAAUCUGGACUGUCAACAAACUUCUGCCUCCAGCCACUUCAGUGAUGGAUCAAACUUGGAACUAAAUAUCUUGACAUGUGUGACUCGCUGCUUCAACUCUUACCUGACACUACUAAUACCCACCUGCAAACAUUCCAUUGAACAGGGACGCCUUCCUUGGUUCUUUCAAUUAUUUCAUGUGUUUUCUAACCUACAAAUGAGACACACUGAGCUCUUCACUGUAUAUAUGCAUAUAAUAAGAGCACAUGUCUUGAAUUUUUCUACUCUGUAUGACCUGUAAUUUGUAUAGACAUAUUGUGAUAAGAUGUAAACUUGUUGAAAACUCUGGUUCCAUGAAUGCAUCUUCUCGAUUUGAUUAUCUUUACAAAAACAAGUCAGUGUUCUAAGGAAGACUCAAUUCCUUUCAAACAAUUAAUUUAUUUGACUUUCGAGAGAUUUAUAGACUCUUCCGACAAGCAUGUCUGGCUGCACAUCGCUUCACUGCGUGUCUCUUGUGUAUGUUAUAAGGAGAACCCCCUCUGUAUUGUCCUGUGUCCCUUAAUGCUGUCUCUGAACAUUAUUUAUUGUAAUCUAGUCUUGUCACAGUGCGUGUUGUCGUUCAGCAUACCCACGGUGCGUCCUGCAUGGCUUACCAGGGCUCAGGACUGCCCUGAAGCUCACGUGUUCACCCACACAUGCCCUUGUCCACUUUCCAGAUGUCUGAGGACUUGAAUCGCAUUCCAGACCUCCCUGUGGGUGAACCUCCAGACCUCACCUCUCUCUUCCCUGGCCACAGCUGGACUUGCCAGAGAAGACGAGCGACAGUUUGGUUGAACACAAUGUAUUCAUGGCAUUAGAGCAGUUUAUUGGAAAGAUAUAGUUGCCCCACAGGAAGAGCCCUCAGUAGAGUUAAACAAUGAGAUACAGUGUUAUAUUGUGACCUGCCAAGGGAGAUAUGGAAGAUACCUCGGCCUGAAAAUAAAUAUUUAUUAAAAUUGAUAUAUGUAUUAUGUAUUGCAGUAUCAUAUUCCUUACAACUGUGAUUAAUUAGGUAAUAGGUUAUUUUAAGUUCAUAAAGACCUGCUCAGCAGGAAAGUUGUAAAGUACAUUACUUUUUUACCUGUUGAAUUUAUGGAUUUUUUUUCUCAAAGAUCCACCAUAGUUUAACCUCUCUCUCUCUAUUCUGUUGAGUGUCAGUACCUGGGUAAAGAUGGUGGCAGAUGGGACCAGUGAAGAUGUAACAAGUAAUGACUAGAGGUACUCGAACCCUGCCACCAUCCUCUACCCAGAUGUACUUCUUAAGUUUUGUUAUGAGUCUUAUAUAUUAUUUUUCUUAAUUACAAUUGAUUACUAUUCCUGUUGAAAGAAUUUUUUGCUUCAAAAUUUUUUUGAUUGUUACAGAAUACCAUAGCAAUAAGUAUUUAAGCAUAGUUAUUUGUAGGGUAUUUUUAUAUGUUAAAAACAUGAUUUUUUAUAAACUGAAAAGGAGUGAGGGACAAAGAGGUGUUUAAGUGAGGGAGUGUGUAUGUAAAUGUGCCAUGAGGGAGCGAAUGGCUACUGCUAGUCACUAGGAUACACUUAGUAAUUUAUGAGAGAUUACUACACACAUAUUUAACUAAAAUGAAUCUUCGAUAGUGAAUAAAGAUUUAUUUUAAAGGAU